AUGCGCAUGGCGGACGCGGGAAUGACCGCAGGAGCCGAAACUCUGGAGAUCGUGGUCGGGUUUAGGAUACCGGCCGCAACCGUCAAGGACGUUGCAGAUACUGCCGUAACAGCNAUCGUGGUGGACGCAGCCGCCGAGGUAGUGGCGGCCGAAUUGCAGACGGUUCGACCAGUGGAAGUGGGUCGAACGGCAACAACAACAACAACGGAACCUCCGGAGGAGACAGCGCGGGAAAUGCGCAUGGCGGACGCGGGAAUGAUCGCAGGAGCCGAAACUCUGGAGGUCGUGGUCGGGCUCAGGAUACCGGCCGCAACCGUCAAGGACGUUGCAGAUACUGCCGUGCACAACACGCAAGACUCCACCACGCAGGCUUGGUACACGCUGGUGGAGGCGGCGGACGAUGAGCUUGAAGAUUUCGCCAUCGUCUUCGAUAACGACAAGCAGGAGCUGAACGCCCCUGCUGUGGCGUUGCCGAGGGAGCGCGCUGCUGCUGGUGACCAGGAGCAAGACGCGGCUGCACCGGCGCUGCCGGACGGAGUCGUAAUAUAUGAUCCGCAAGUAUCGGAGUGCGCUGCUGGAGAUGAGCAGACGCACGAUGUGCCCGAGUCGGCGCUGCCGAAUGUGCGCGCCACUGACGACCUGCAGGAAUUCGCGGAGCCUGCGGCAGCGACGGACCUCGAUCUCACUACCCCUCCUGACUCUCCGGCCGAGAAAGUGACAGAGCUGANGUGCGCUGCUGGAGAUGAGCAGACGCACGAUGUGCCCGAGUCGGCGCUGCCGAAUGUGCGCGCCACUGACGACCUGCAGGAAUCCGUGGAGCCUACGGCAGCGACGGACCUCGACCUCACUACCUCUCCUGACUCUCCGGCCGAGAAAGUGACAGAGCUGGUAAUGUACACUAGCGUGUUUCAAGUGGACAAGGAGUCGAAGGAUGUUGGUGAUACGACGCUCUACAUAGAUACAGCGGCGUCGAGCCAUAUGGUAGACGCUAAAUCCCGCAUGUCCAAGCGUGUGUUCGACCCAGUGGACUGCGCCGAGCAAGGCAACAUUGUGACGGUGGCACUGGACGUCCUCCUGGUUCGUAAUCUAGGAGCGAAUAUUCUGUUGGUUGGAGCGUUGGCCGAAAAGGGGGUUAAGUGCGAUUUAAUGUCUAUCCCUCCGACGCUCCGACGCGGCGACCAGGCCUUUCCGAUAUCAAUCGCUGUGCCUCGCAUGUACGUGAUAAACGUCAUCAUUGACGAUCUCAACAUGGACGAUGUAGAAGUGUAUCGCACCAAGGUCGACGCUCACCUGUGGCACCGGAGGAUGGGCCACUGCAAUCCGCGUGCACUGCAGCAGCUGGCGGAAAUGGACACCACUGGAGUAAACUUCCAUCACAACAUCGAGUCAGGUGACUGCAGCGUAUGCGCGGUCGGGGAUAGCAAGAAGGGCAGUCACCCUCCAUCUGAUCACCCCCACUCUGAAACCCGGUUAGAGAUAAUGUGCGCCGACGUGUGGGGGAAGCACCCCAUCAAGUCGUUUGGGGGCUGCCAGAGCACCGUGAUGUUCACUGACGUGUUUUCUCGCAUGAGGUUCGGCUUCCCAAUCACGACAAAAGACGAAACGGCGGAGUCUCUCCACAAAUUUGUCCGGGAGGUAGCCGACCCAAUCGGGCAAAGCAUCGGCACGAUGCACUGCGAUGGUGCAGGAGAAUUCCAGGGCAGAUUCCUGGAGUGCGAGCUGUGGGCUGAAGCAUUCCAGACCGCCAUCUAUCUCAAGAAUCGCACACCAACUGAAGUCCUGGGCGGCAAAUCCCCACUCGAGGUAUGGGAGGGUAAGCCGCUAGGUAAUCUGCUGCACAUUCACGAAUGGGGUUCGAUGGCCUUCAAACACGAGGAAGCGCGUUUCCGUCCCAACAAGCUUGCGGCCAGGGCCAAGAAGAUGUAUCUGGUAGGCUAUAAUACCAAGGGUAGGUCGUACAGACUGUGGGAUGUUGCGGAGCCUUCUAAAAUCACCAACUCUGCCGAAGUAUCCUUCCGUGAAAAGGAGAUGCGCGACGUGGUUAAACCCAAAGUAGGGCGCGAUCCGUUUCCUGUGCCAAACACGACAAUCUACCAGCCUGGUAUGGCAGAAUCUAACGAAGAAGAAACUACCGACGAUAGCGAUGAAGAAGAAGACCAAAGUACUGCAGAGUCGACACCAUCUGUUCCAGAACCACGACGGAGCGCCAGGGCAUCUGCACCGCCGCAAAGGUUGAAUCUAUUUACGGUGACCUCGGAGGAGGAUGCUUAUCAGCAGGUGGAACAAGCUCUUCUGACAGGGGGUGUACUCGGAAACGUCGGGACGGGCAACCCUGGAGAAAUAGGUUACAGGCCUCCCGACCCGACCAACUACGACGACGCAACACGUGGACCAGAUGCUGACCACUGGAGGGAGAGUAUGCGCGAAGAAAAUCGUUCGCUCACGGAACUCGACGUAUACGAUUGGGUGAAACGGCCGGCGGACGGUGAUAUACUUCCGUCAAGAUACCUAUACAAACGGAAGUACGCAGCAGACGGAGAACUAGCUCGACUGAAGAGUCGUAUCGUGGUCCAAGGCUUCCAUCAAGAAGACACGGGGGAAGACAAGGCAUCAUCAGUGGCGACAUUGGAGGCGGUACAUCUAGUAGUCGCCGUCGCUGCUCAGAAUGGCUUUGUUCUAAAACAGGCUGACAUCAAGACAGCGUUCCUACAUGCCAGGAUCCCCGCUAACGCAGACCCGAUUUAUGUUUGUCCUCCGAAAGGUUUCGAAUGCUCUCCAGAACAAGCACGGCAGGUGUGGGGGCUAAAGGCAUGGCUCUACGGAUUUCGUCUCUCCCCGAAAGGCUGGUGCAGCACCUUUCACGACUUCCUGAUUGAGAAAGGGUUCGUACAGAGUAAAGCAGACCCCUGUCUCUACAUUCUCGAAGCGGAAGGAGUUAUCCUUCUCGUGUACGUUGACGACAUCCUGCUGUCGGGGAAGGACGAGGAGAAGGUCAUGAUGGUCGUUGAUCUGCUGAAGGAACGGUUCAACACGGUGUUCUUGGGGGAUGCUCAGCACCUGCUUGGUAUGAAGCUUGAGAGGAACGUCGACGCCGGUACCAUAUUCCUUUCUCAAGAGACGUACGCAAAGACCGUGCUCGACCAGUUCGGAAUGGCCGAAUCGCGCCCGGUGAAGACACCGGCGGAACCUGGACCUAUCAGCAUCGAGGAGGAGAAGGUUUUAUCUCCAGAGGACACCAAAUACUACCGGUCCGCCACGGGUAGCCUUCUGUAUCUCAGCAGGGGCUCAAGACCGGACAUAACACACUCGGUGAUGGUGCUCGCGAAGAGUAUGGCGAAGCCAGGUCCCAGAGCGAUGACAAAGCUGAAGCGGGUACUCCGGUAUCUAAAAGGAACGACCUCUAUCGGAAUCACAUACACCGAAGACGCCGACGGCGGAGAUAAACUCACGGCGUACGUGGACUCUGAUUUUGCAGGUGACCAAGACAAAGGCUACUCCACAACCGGUGCCGUUCUCUAUCUCGCAGGUGCCCCAGUGGACUGGAUAUCCAAGAAGCAAACGGUGCUGGCCAUCUCAACGUUCGAGGCUGAAGCCGUUGCCCUGUCCAAGGCGUGCACUAUUGUCAUCCACUUUCGUAAUUUGCUGAAGUCGCUGAACAUGAAGCAGGAGCAGCCCACGGUAGUGUUUGAGGACAACACAGGCGCUAUAGCGUUUGCUAAGGGCGCCAAACUCACGCCCCGUACUAAACAUAUCGACGUCAAGUAUCACCACGUUCGGUACUUAGAGGAGAAGAAAAUCGUCGACGUCAAGUACAUCGAGACUAACUUGCAGAAGGCUGACAUCCUGACUAAAAGCCAGGGAGCUGUGAAGUUCCUCCAGAACCGCCUUCUCUUGCUUGGAGUGUAA